AUGUCAGUUAUCGAUCAUACGAUAGCGGAAUUGCGGGAAAAAGUACGAGCUCUGACCGCAGAACUAAGCUCAUACAAAGUUGAGCCGAAAAGUUUGAAUCACUCUACAAUGGUCCAAUCGCGGCAGAAAAUCGAGAAAAUGAGUGCGGAGGUUGUUGAUUCCAAUCCGUACAGUCGGCUUAUGGCUCUGAAAAGAAUGGGAAUAGUGAAGGAUUACGAAAAGAUAAGGGAAAAGGCAGUAGCUGUGGUUGGGAUUGGAGGGGUGGGCAGCGUUGUAGCCGAAAUGCUCACGAGGUGCGCCAUCGGAAAGCUCAUUCUUUUCGACUACGAUAAAGUGGAGUUGGCUAACAUGAAUCGACUAUUUUACCAACCUCAUCAAUCAGGACUUAGUAAAGUCGAGGCUGCAAAGGACACUCUGACGCAUAUCAAUCCAGAUGUCAUGAUCGAGACGCAUAACUUUAACAUAACUUCCGUGGAGAACUUCAAUAAGUUCGUUGAGAGAAUACGACAUGGAUCCUUAACGGGCGGAAAGGUGGAUCUUGUAUUGAGCUGUGUGGAUAAUUUUGAAGCACGGAUGACUGUCAACACAGCGUGCAACGAAGAGAACCAGGUGUGGAUGGAAUCAGGUGUGAGUGAAAACGCAGUUUCCGGUCAUAUUCAGUACAUCGAACCUGGUCGGACUGCAUGUUUUGCUUGUGUACCGCCUCUGGUUGUUGCUUCAAAUAUUGACGAAAAAACACUCAAGCGAGAAGGUGUCUGUGCUGCAUCUUUGCCAACGACGAUGGCAGUCGUAGCAGGUUUUCUCGUUCAGAACACUCUCAAAUACCUCCUGAAUUUUGGUGAAGUGUCCAUGUACGUGGGCUAUAACGCGCUUGUUGACUUUUUCCCUCGGCAUGAAAUGAGGCCGAACGAUCAGUGUGAUGAUCGUUUUUGCAGAAAACGGCAAAAAGAAUACCAGAUGAAGAAGAAGUCUGAAGCUACAGAAGAGAAAUCAGCUGCUUCUCCAGAGAAGGAGAUUGCUCAUGAGGAUAACACAUGGGGUAUUGGUAUGUGUCUUGCUAUAUACACAUGCCCAACUGUAAUUUAA